AUGCCAACCUCGUGCCAAUGGCCUACAGCUCGAGAACGGUCUUCCGAUAUCGGAGACAUCAGGCUCGACAGAGUGGCCUUCGGGGGAAUGGAAUUCCCAGGCGCGAUCGCCAUCGUGGACUCUGGUACCUCCCUGAUCGGUGCCCCUGUGACGGCCCUCGCGGCGAUCAGCGCCAAGAUAGUGCUGUUCGAGAAGUGGGGGGUACAGGUGGCGAAGUGCUCCGACGUCGAGGACCUAACGCUGGACUUCGUGCUGAGCGGCCAGGCGUACAAGCUCGGCGGGGAGGAUUUCAUCUUGGCCCAGCAGGAUGACCUCUGCUUCCUGGCGCUGCAGCCCCUCGAUCAGCCCCACGGCUGGAUCCUCGGGGACGUCUUCAUGAGGCGAUACUUCGUCGAAUUUGACUGGGACAAAGAGCGGGUUGGGAUCGCGUGCACCGUCCUCGACAGCCUGUGCCCGGGCGGAUCCGAUGACAGCGGUGGGUGGAUUGUCUACUUGGCCUUGUUUGCAGUCUGUUUCGUGGGCUUGCAGGCCUGUGCCCUGGCGUGCUGGUGGGCCACGGGCCCAGCUCGCGGCAGGCUUGCGGCCGGGGACUCGACGCGCGCAGGGCGCACGCGCGACGUGCCCGAACUGCAGCUUGCGCACAUCUGA